AUGCGACGUAUACAUCGAGAAAAGUUAUGUAAUGCUUCGAGGUUUGCCUUCCUGCUGGUUUUGUUGUGGGUGGUCCUCGUAUUAGUGACGCUCUUUCUUGGUUGGUCGCACCAUGCGUCCCGUAUGGCCAUCGAUGGGGGAGCGGCGGCUCCUGCGGGUGUGGGCGGCGGGUCCCACGACUGCGCAGCGGCGUCCACCGGCCUUUUCACUCCCGUUGGGAUUCCGCGUGUGUGCCGGAUGGAGGAGCCGGGGGUGAUGGUGGACCUCACGGUGCCGCGGGAGUACAACCGCAGUCAAUGCCCUGUUGAACCGGCAGAGCGGGAUGAUCCGAGGCUGCUGAAGUUCCUCGAGUUCUUUACUAGGAUCUUCAAGGAAAAGUUUAAUAAUUUACCAUGGUGGAUGGAUGAGGGGAGUCUUAUCGGGGUAUCGCGGGCAGGGUCUAUUAGAAAUGCGGAUGACGAUUUUGAUUUUUUCGUUUUACUUCCAAAUAGUACAUCACCAUGUAGACCAAAUUCACUGGAAUGUACUCGAGAGGAGUUUAAUACUAUGAUACAUCGGUUUCUUAUGCCAUUUUGGGAAGCUGGAGCUUGUAUUCACUGGUAUAAUCCAGAUAUUACAAAAUUUGAUGCGGAUCUUCGUUUGAUUUAUGCUUUUCAACUUCAUCGACAUGAUAAUUCGCCAGACCGAUUGGAUUGCUUUGAUACUAAUGCACCCGUAGCGCAUAUGCAUCUUGGUAUGCUAAAUGCAAAUGGUGAGCUUGAAACAAAUAAAUGGGUUGGGCCACGAUCUCAUCCAAAGGAUAAAUUACCGUUAUCUAUAUUGCUUCCUGUGUGCCGCUGUCGUAUGGGACUUAAAGAUGCUCCUUGUCCAAAUGACAUUAUUGGAUUCUUAACUCUACGGAAUCGCGGAGAAUAUGUUCGUCGUUCAAGGGAAGGAAAAUGCUUGCUGGUUAAAAAACAAUGGUCACUAGAAAAAAAAAUGAAUCAAGUUCAAAAGGUCAAACUGCUUCAUGAUUGUGGAUACGCGAGUAUGAUCCAAUUAGCAGACUCGUUUGUUGAAAGUGGUUACAGAACUUGUUGA